AUGUACAGAACGAAGCACUUCAGAUGGAAGUUGACGCACGUGUUGGCCAUCCUAGCUCAUCUCGGUCUCACUGUCGCCGCAAGCACAAGCUACAUCUACAAUCUCAACAAGGGCACGCGGAUGGCCGAGUGGAGAAGCCUAAGUCUCCAGACUUCUGGCGAUUCUGUCCCUUGUCGCUUCGCAGUUUUGGGCGGGCUCGGGACCUUCGGCACGUUUGACGUUGCAGUCCGCGGGUUGCUCUUGACGUGCUUGGCCGUGGGGGCGAUUGGAGCCGUGCUAAACGCCGCCAUCUUUACCCUUCUCUUAAGCAUGGAGCCCAAUAGAAUCAUGCUGACCGAGGGCGAGCAACACUGGCGCAAGCAAGUUGUCACAUUCUUUGGCUGCGUCCUCAACCUGCUCCUGGCCGGUGCCGGAGUCGGUCUCGCGGGCACAUUGGGCACCAGGACAGCCGACUCCAAGUCGUUGAUCGCACCCCUCGUCUGGGCAUUAAUUCAAGCAACACUAUCCCUCGCGGUUGCUAUCUUUGACGCCGUGAAAAAUCACAACGAAGGCAAGGAUCUUUUAGACUGA